AUAUGAGCCGGUCAAAUGACGACGAUCGAGUCGGAGUCAGGUCAAUUUGGUAACGACUUCAGGUCUGGUCAGGGUCAGGUUAAUUUGGCCUCGCUGCCCGUGCGUCGCUCUCCUCGGGGUUUAGGGGAGGGUUUCGCAACCCUCGACCAAAUAAGUCGAGCCAAGAACGAGACGGCGGCGAUGCAGCGUUCCGCCGCUCCGCUCCUCAGCCGCUUUCUCCUCCGAUCCCGGCGGUUCUCCUCGUCGACUGACGGCAGUAUCGGUGCCAGCGUCAGCGGCAGCGUCUCGCUAAAGAAUGCCGCCGCUGCCGUGCUCUUCGAUCAUCUUCCAGAUGCUAUUCCCGAUACCGAUCCCGUCGUCUACCGUUUCCAAGAAUUCUCGGAAUCCCUGAACCCCUCGUUGCCUUCGGCUGAUUCGACUCUGUCUCGAUGGAGGCAUCAGUAUUGUCGGAGGCACCGUGAUGAAAUCUCGGGAAAGGCGGAUUCAAGGAAUUACCUGUUUGGAGAUAUAUAUUUGAAAACAUGGUCGAAUAAUGAAUUUCGAUUAAUGUCCAUGAGAAAAUUGAACUCCACUUCCAUCUCCCAGUUCAUUUCAACUUGUGCGUGUCGGUUUAUGUCAACAACAAAAGGAAGGAGUAUGCGGAGCAAGGUGGAGAAGAGAAUGCGGAGAGAAACAGGGAAAACUCUAAGGGAGAUCAGACGUGCAAAAAAAAUUAGAAAGAAAUUAAUGACAGAAGAGGAGCGGAUAAUAUACAACUUACGUAGAGCCAAGAAAAAGGUGGCUUUGCUUCUACAGAAACUCAAGAAAUAUGAAUUGCCAGAGCUACCAACUCCUCGCCAUGAUCCUGAGGUUCUUACACCAGAACAGCUUCAGGCUUAUAAGAAGAUUGGCUUUAGAAAUAGGAACUAUGUACCUGUUGGAGUUCGUGGAGUAUUUGGAGGUGUGGUUCAAAACAUGCAUCUCCACUGGAAGUUCCAUGAGACUGUACAAGUUUGCUGUGACAACUUUCCCAAGGAAAAAAUUAAAGAAAUGGCAACCAUGCUUGCAAGAUUAAGUGGUGGCAUCGUGGUUAAUAUACACAAUGUCAAAACUAUUAUCAUGUUUCGUGGAAGGAAUUACCGACAACCAAAGAAUCUGAUACCAGUCAACACCCUGACCAAAAGGAAGGCCUUAUUCAAAGCGAGAUUUGAGCAAGCUCUCGAAUCUCAAAAGUUGAACAUAAAGAAAAUUGAGCAGCAGCUUCGCCGAAAGGGUGUCAAUCCGGAGGAUCCAAUCUCUAUGGCUAGCAUUCAGAGAGUUGCUGCUACCUUUUUCAGGGCUAUCGAUGAGAAACAAGGAACUCCAUAUGUAUUUCGUGGGAACAGGCCAUCCCCAUCUGAGAUUGAUGAUCCUCAAGAUGAGCCUGCCGAUGUACCUUCUGAAGACAGUGACCAGGAGGAGCUUGACCGCUUUAUUCAAGAAAUAGAGGAUGCAGCAGACAAGGAGUGGGCAGAGGAGGAAGCAGCAGAGAAAGAGGAAUCAUCCAGAAUAAGGUACUGGAGUCAAGAUGGCAUGGGUAUGCCAAGCAGGGCAUCGGACUGGAGUAGCAGAAGUUCAGAAGAGAAUAGGGGCCACGGAAGAGGUUCAAGUGGUGCUUCUGGUGGACUAAGGACUACAGAGACACGAAAGUGGAAUAGUGAUCCUGAGAUAUCUGGGGAUUCAGAAGGCGACGAGUGGGAAUAUGAUGAUGAAGUGGAUGAUGCUGUAGCUGAUAUUCAAAGUGAUGAGAACAGUGAAGAUGAGACUCUUGAAAGACUACCAAACCGAAGACAGAGGAACAACAGAGUUGGGCAGGAGGAAGCUUUCAGAACAAGAGGCAAUGAACGAAACAAAUGGAUAGAAAAUGAAGAUACCAGGCCACCAAAUGAUAUGCAUGAAGAUUCGGAGGAUGGGAUUUGGGAAUCAGAAGAUGAGGAUACACAUGAUUUGUUGGAAACAAAAGGCACUGCUUACGAUUAUCUCAGCAGCAGCAACGAAGACUCCGACAGUAAUAGUGGAAAUGGCAGGAGGAUGGGCGAACUUAAGAAGAAAGAGAUUGAUGAAAGUUGGGACAGUGAUUAAUGAAUAUUGUUUGAACUGAACAGAAUUAGACAAAAAGGAAAACAGAAACCCAAAACAUGGCAGAUAGACUAGAAGCUGAGCUCGGUCCUGAUUUUUUUAUCGGAUAAAUUGGGGAGGUCUUUACCAGGAUUUUGAGGUAACGCAAAUCCUAAUUGAACUUAAUGCCUCUUAGUCAGUUACAUUAUAAUCAUUAGCGGAUGGGGUUGGAACUUUCCCUGGCAUGUGGAUCCACGGAACUCGCAAUAUUUGUUAUUCCUGCUUUUGAUGAGGUUAUGUAUGGAGUGAACUGAAAUGUAUUGCGAUUUAAAGACUGGAUCAACACUUGAUUUAGUUUGGAUCAUUUUAAACUCAAGCUGUAGUAUAAAAAAAAUGGUAUCUUAUCCUGUAUUAUUUCCUUUUUUUUUUCAAUGGAUGAUGGAUAAAAUCCGGCUAGGGAGCAGGAUGACAUUUUUUUUUCCUUUA